AUGAAACAACCUAGCGAAAUAGAGACUACAAGCCACAUUUUCCUGGAGUGCUCUUUUGCUAAAUCAUGCUGGCAGGUAGCAGGAGUUGGCCUCGACGAGGCUGUUUAUACCUCGUUUCAGGAAUGGGUCUUAAAUGUAUUCAAUGGGUGGGAUGCAGAUAAAAGACAAAGAGGAGCUAUGCUUUGCUGGACCAUUUGGAAAUGCAGGAACGACUUAAUAUGGAAUCAGAAAUGUUUAAAAGCGCAAGAAGCUGCAAAUUCAGCUAGAGUGGCCCUUAGUCAAUGGAUGGAAGCUCAAGAUAAAUUUUUCGAUCGUUCUUGGAGCAUGUUAAACCAGAACGAUGGGGAUGAGCGAUGGACCUUGCCAACAGAAAAUCAGACUAAGGUAAAUACUGAUGCUGCAGUGUUUGUUUCUUUUAAUCGUUAUAGCUAUGCGUUUGCUGCAAGAAAUUAUAAGGGGGAGUUAUUGGAAGCUCGGUCGAAGUGUAAUGAGGGUACUAUCUCUCCAGAUUGUGCUGAGAUUAUGGGCAUCCGCGAAGCUUUGAGUUGGAUCAAAGCUAAAGAGAUGGAAAAUGUAGUGGUUGAAACAGACUGUUUAGUUGCAGUCCAAGCAAUUCGAAGUGAAGCCGCAAUGAUCUCAUACUUUGGUUCUUUAGUUCAGGAAUGCAGAGAGUUGUUGAGGUAUGCGAAAGACAAAGGUGUAAUCCUUAGGUUUGUUAAGCGAUCUGCGAAUAACUUAGCUCACACUCUAGCUAGCUGUAGUUAUUCUGUGGCUGACCGCGUCUGGAAGGCAAAUGAAGCCUACCCAGAAAUUAUUCAUGUUCUCAAAAAUGAUUUGAUUUAA